AUGGUAGUCUCCGAUCGGUCAAUCGAAUCCUCAGAGGAUGCGGAAAAAAUCAUCCAGGUGCUCUCCAAGGCAGCAGUGGAACUCAAUUUGUUCAAAAUUGUGAGCGAACUCGGUCAGGCUGAGGCCCUUGCCAGCACAAAAUACGACCCUCUGGCGGACGUUCCAGAAGUUAAACCUGUAACUAUCCUAAAGAAACCGGAAGAGGGCGAACCUGAUGGAGUAUCGGAGCCGCAAGAAGAGAUUCCAUUCAAUUUGGAGGUGCUCAGGAAGCAUCUAGGACAGGUCGUGCUCGCGCGGCGGGUGCUGCCUGAAGACGUCGCCUCGCGACAAAAACUUCUAGAGGAGUCAGUGUACGACGUUGCGGUAGAACGGCUUCGACGACAGUCGGAGAUAUUUGAAGAGCUCGGUAUAGAUGGCGGCGGACUCAAGCAGGCAGAUCUGCAGAAGUGGAUGUGGGGUUGGCAUGUCAAGUUAAGGGAGCGGUUACAGAGAGACCUCACCAAGCUGGUGAGGGAUGAAGAACACUGGGGACCUUGUGAGUAUUCCCUCCGUGAACAGUCUGUUCGGAUAGCUCCAUUUUUAUCACUAAUCAAGCCCGAAAAGUUGUCUCUCAUUACAAUCCUGGAGAUCAUGCGCCUUCAGGGAACGGGUGGCGUAACGGAUGGGAUGAAGACUGCACGUGCGCUGCUGGCUGUGGGGAAGGCUGUCGAAAUGGAACACAAGGCAGAGAUGUGCAAGAAGAAUAAUAUCCAAAUCCCUGUGAACGCCACUCGAUCGGGGGAGCAUGGUUAUUUCUCCUUGAAUACCUAUCAGGAUCUACACGCGAGGCGAGUAACAGCGAGGAAGUAUAUGGAGGACAGUGAAGAAUGGACAAGUGAGUGGACUCAGGUGUGCAAAGUCAGAGUGGGGAGCUUCCUUGUCGACAGGUUGAUGGAGGAAGCAUCUAUUGAGCGCAAUGGCUUCAAUAAGACGACCGGAGAGCCGGUGUCGGAGGAUCACCCAGCCUUCUUUCAUUCCUACGAGUAUUUGCGAGGGCACAAGCUCGGUGUUAUUAAACUGAACCCCAUCGUGGCGGAACGGAUGGCUAAAGACGGUCUGCGGGAGACGCUGCAUCCUCGACAUCUACCUAUGUUGGUAAAGCCCAAACCCUGGUUGAGCUAUAACGAAGGCGGAUACCUCUAUAAUAAAACGCAGGCCAUGCGAUUUAAAGACUCACAGGAGCAGCAAACAUACCUUAAGCACGCGUCUGCCAUGGGAAAUGUUGAACUCGUCUACGCGGGACUCGAUGUACUUGGUUCAACCCCUUGGCAGAUCAAUCGCCGCGUCUUCGAUGUCGUCCUUUCGGUCUGGAACUCUGGCGAGCGUCUUUCAAAGCUUCCCCCUGCUGUCUUCGACACGCCAGAGCCAGAGCGACCGGAUGAUGUCGAUUCUGAUCCCAAUGCGCGAUCGAUAUACCUUCAGAGACACCGGGCAUGGCUUCAAGCCAAAGCCAACAACCAUUCAGAUCGCUGUAGUGUGAACUACAAAGUUGAGAUUGCGAGGGCGUUCCUUGGCGACAUAUUCUACCUUCCCCAUAAUCUAGAUUUCCGUGGCCGUGCAUACCCAAUUCCCCCUCAUUUAAACCAUAUUGGCAACGACCUUAGUCGUGGGCUCCUCUUGUUUGGAGAGUCGAAGCCUCUCGGAGAGAGGGGUCUUCGCUGGCUCAAGAUCCACUUGGCUAACUUGUACGGUUUUGACAAAGCGACAUUCGACGAACGGGUUGAGUUUGUCCAUCAACAUCUAGAGAAUAUCUAUGAUAGUGCUGAGAAGCCUCUAGAUGGUCGGCGGUGGUGGGUUAAGGCUGACGAUCCAUGGCAGUGUCUCGCAACAUGCAUGGAGCUCAAAUCUGCGCUUGAUUCGCCCGAUCCAUUGGCGUACGAAUGUGCUCUCCCCGUACAUCAAGAUGGAACCUGUAAUGGUCUACAGCAUUAUGCAGCCCUUGGUGGGGAUGCUCGUGGCGCGAAGCAAGUCAACCUCGACGUCGGAGAUCGUCCAUCUGACGUGUACACUUAUGUUGCCGACAUGGUGGAAAAGUUGAUUCUUGAAGACCUCGCAAAGGGUAACAGGAACGCUCAGAUGCUUUCAGGCAAGAUCUCACGAAAAGUGGUUAAACAAACAGUUAUGACAACUGUUUACGGUGUCACCUUUGUCGGUGCUCGUGAACAAAUUGAAAAACAGCUGAAGGACCGAAGCGACAUUCCUGAGGAAGAGAUCUUUUACGCUGCGGCCUAUAUCGCCAAAAAAGUGUUGCAAUGCAUUGGGGACCUCUUUGUUGGGGCACAGGAUAUCAUGAACUGGUUGACUAUGUCCGCGCGAUUGAUCGCAAAGUCCGUUCCUUCCGACCGUCUGUCGGCUGCCAUGCGGCUUGAAAAACCAAGGGCUUCCAAGAAGCCUUUAGCAAGCCGACUGAAAAAGGAACAGAUGACCUCUGUGGUGUGGACUACCCCCCUCGGCCUCCCUAUCGUCCAGCCUUACCGGAAGGCCAAGCGCAAGCAGAUUAUGACGAGCGUGCAGUCGGUAUAUAUCUCUGACCCAAACGCUCCUGCGGAGGUUGAUGCGCAGAAGCAGUCUUCUGCUUUCCCUCCUAAUUUCAUUCACAGCUUGGAUGCAACUCAUAUGCUAUUGACCGCUCUUGAGUGCCGGACCCAAGGAUUGACUUUUGCCUCUGUUCAUGACUCGUACUGGACUCAUCCGUCUACUAUCGAUCAAAUGUCAUCCAUCAUCCGAGACACCUUCAUUGCGUUGCACUCGUCGGACGUCCUGAGAAGACUUGACACAGAAUUCCGCGAACGUUACACGAAUUAUAAGGUGCCUGUUGAGGCGCUGAAAGGGAUGCAAAUGUUACGCAAGAGCUUUAUUGACCCAGAAGCUGUCGAGGCGGAGGAUGGAACAUCGACCACCGAAGCAACGAUCGCUGGAGAAUCAACUCCGGAAACAAUAGUGCCUGAAAAUGUCUUAGCCUCGGAUUCGGCCUCAGGCGCUCCCGAACCGUCUGAGGAAGGCAAGUCUAUCAAUUCGAAGGCCGGCCUUGAACCCACGACGUUGUCGCGAGAGGAAAUUGUGGAGCUUUUCACCCCCAAGCGCAAGGGGCCAGGUCGCAAAUCAUUGGACGAACUUGAAGCAAGGGACGUAUCCGUCGAGGGGAUGUUCGUCAAUCUCACGGAUCUCUUACCACCCCUUCCGAAGAAGGGUGAGUUCGACGUGAACAAAAUCAAGUCGUCGCUUUACUUCUUCUCCUAGAUUUGGGUCGGUCUGUUUGAGAUGAUUAGGUCCUCAUCAUUGGCAAAGAACAUGUCGUCUGUUUUCUACUUGUGUCGCUCGCAAUCUCCACUCCUUGUUUACCAUUGCUCCUCCCCUGCAUAUCAUCUAUCGCAUUGCUUUACGCCUACACGGAUUACCAUUGAAGCUCACUAAUGUAUCCUGUACUUUAUUAGAAUAUCACUUCAUCC